AUGAGUGAAGCUAGAAUUUUAGAGAUUCUUGAGGGCAUCAGACAAGACAAUCGAGAUUUUGAAAAUCAAAGAAGAUUAGAUAAUAAUAUGGAUUUUUCUUGA